GAAACGGACGCUGAGAAGUCAGGAGCAGUCGCAACCGGACCACCACAGUUGGCGUAGCUAUUACCGAUUACCGGACCGAUGUUAUUUAUAAUAUCAAUAACAUUAUUAUUAUCCCGGUAUACCUAGGUAUAGUUCAAACGUGUGCGACGCGUGUGCACCGCUGUUGGUUAAGAAGUAUCAAUAUUAUCGAACGCAGUUUUCUGUUUUACGCUCACCCGUCCGACGCGAUUUAAAUCCGGUCAUAGUGUCGUAUAGUUGCAGUUUGUCGUCUCGUCAAUUAUUAUUAUAUAUUAUAGGCAGCCGUUCCGACGCCAUCGAUGAAAACCCAAGUGCUCGCGACCCGUCUCCAAAACUAUUGAAUUUAUAUUAUUUUAGAUCCUAAUCGGAGCAAGGAAGAAAUUGCAGAGUUUUAUAACGAUAUCGAUCGAUAACGUACUGGGAUCGUUAUAGACCUGAUAUAGGAUCAGAAUUCGAGUGAGAUGUUUAUGCGUAAAAUCUGCGCAACGAAAACGACGACGAAAACUCAGGAAAUUCAGAAACGUAGUUCGGUGCCGAUUUGACAUCAGCAAUAUUAUCAUAACAAUUCAUCAGUCUGAAAGAAGAGACCGAAUACUGCAAAUUAAAGAUUGCAUUAAAUAACACACAUAGCCUAAAGAAAUGUCUUUACCGAUAUGUGUACUAUUGUCGUUUGCAUGGAUGCUGUUGGUGAGUUCGUCUUUGGCUGCCCAUCCACCGUCACCUUGCCCGGACACAUUCUCUUAUGAAGGAUCGGAACCGGAAAACAACAGGUGGUAUGGCGAGAUAUCAUUGCGGACUGACGAGAGUCUUGUCGGCAUCCGACUGGACGUUGAACUGGACCGACAAGCAGAUUUAAUGGUAUCAUGGAUGGGAGAGAUAACGACAAACGACAAUAUGAAAUUCACUGUAUUGAACUUAAACCAAAAACUGAAGCCCGGACCCCCUGUGUUGUCUAGGAUCAUGGUUAAGUUCAACCGGUCGACAGGAAGUCCAAAAUUGCGGUUCAUCCGACUUAACGGCCGUAAAAUCUGCCCUGAAGAUUCCAGUUACAGUUCCGGGUACGAAGAGGAAACCCGACCCUCACAAAGGCCACCACAGAGUACCAGAAGACCUGAUCCCGAGUUUGGUGCCAAUCCAGAUAAAUAUCCGAUAAGCAGUGGUAAUACCAAUCAUCAAGACAAGGACCAGUAUCCGGUUAACGGCGUCAACAAUAACCACCGUGACAAAGAAAAUCCUAUCAGACCAGGAUCGGAAUAUUCGCCACAGGAUGGCCGUCCGACGACCACCGAAGGAACUUACACGACUCGGAAGACAAACAGGGGAACGACAACUACAACAACGACGGUGCCCCGAAAUCCCUAUGAACUGCAGGGCAACGGAAAUGGAAACGGCAACGGCAACAAUAGACCGAACACGGUAACGUUGCAGGCCAGCAGCACCGACCCGAACAGUGAAAUAAACGGUGUCAUCAACGGGCUGCUGCAGAACCAGAACAGUAGAAACAAGACCGUCAUCAUAACCGUCAUCGACGAGAACCACAAUAACCGACCAAAUGUUGGUACCGGUGGUGGUCGACCGGAAAUUUCGGACAGUGGAAGUACGACUAGGCCGAAUGUAGGAAAUAACAGACCAACCGCUCAGCAGACCAACCAAAAGCCCAACGGAAACCAACAGAUCAACGGUAGCGGAAGCAGUGGAUCUUAUACAGGCUCUGUCAACUCGCUUUCGUCUAGAGGUCCCUCGUGCGGCGAAGUCAAGAUGGCCGUGCCGCUGGUGACCGCUGGACAGUCCACGUACAGGGGACAAUGGCCCUGGCACGUGGCGCUUUAUUUGAUCGAAGGCAUAAACUUGAGCUACCAUUGCGGCGGGUCGCUCGUGUCCAAGAAUAAAAUCAUUACGGCGGCUCAUUGCGUAACACACAAACUAAAUGACGCAGUCCUUAAUUCAACCAAAAUAGUCGUCUACCUCGGAAAAUACCAUCAGCUUCAGUACAGUGACGAGCUGGGCGUCCAGAUCAAACAGGUCGUCCAGAUAAAGGUAUUCCCGUCUUACAACAGCAGCUCAUACUUCGGAGACAUAGCUAUAUUGACGCUGUCCUCGGACGCCGAAUUCACAAGCUACGUGACCCCUGUGUGCCUUUGGGAAAAGAGGUCUGACAGUUUGGACGACAUCGUUGACAAAGACGGAACGGUCGUCGGUUGGGGCUUUGACGAAAACAACACACCGACCGAAGAACUGAAAAUGGCCAAGAUGCCGGUUGUAUCACAGGAAACGUGCCUCUGGAGCUACCCGCAAUUUUAUUCAGAAUUUACUUCCGAUAGAACGUUUUGCGCCGGCUUCAGAAAUGGGACAAGCGUAUGCAACGGAGACAGUGGCGGUGGCAUGGUAUUCUUGGAGAACCAUAGGUGGUACCUAAGAGGUAUCGUGUCCCUGACGGUGGCCAAAGACGGACUGCGGGUAUGCGACACUAAACAUUACGUGGUGUUCACGGACGUGGCCAAGUACUUGGAUUUCGUCUGGAAGAAUUUACAAUGAUGGCGUUCAUGUCUAAUCAAUGAUAUAAUAUAAUAUGAUAUAUUAUAAUGUAUAUUGUGCAUCAAUCGAACGCAUACGAUUUGUAUAUUAUUUAUAGUGUACCUAUGUAUGCCUUUCGCCGAUUCCUAUUAUAUGCGCACUUUGUGUUUAUAUUGCGAAUAUUUUAUACUCUUUUUACAGUUGAAAAAACAUUUUUUAGUGUGAUAAUAAUGAUAAGAAUAAUAAAAAAAGAGAACAAAAUAAA